GUGCGCUUGUGUGUGCUUUGGACCUUAGGCUAUCACUGAUUACUUUGUUUACAUUUACAUCUACAUGGAAAAUUUACAUGCUAAGUUUUACCAAGUAAAACGAAUUUCGACACAUAUCAAAACCACACGACACGUCCAGAUCGACCAAAAUGUCUGUGUUUCUACUGUGGCGACAAACUGGUUUUCUGGGGAUCGCGGUGACGCUCCUAGCAUUGCUCAACGUUCUUGGAGUCGGUACUACUUAUGCAGUGGCCGCAACGGCAAACCUUUACGACGUACUUGGCAUCAACCGGUCCGCGACUGCGGCAGAGAUCAAGCGCGCAUUCCGCCAACGGUCUCUGGAAGCGCAUCCGGACAAAAAGGGCUCCGACACGGAAUUUUUGCAGGUGAAGGAAGCAUACGAUGUGUUGCGCGACCCGAACAGGCGAAGACUGUACGACCGGGGGGUGCAGACGCAGAGUACUACUCAUUGGAUUUUUCUUUUCAAAAUAAUAUUUGUACGUUGAAGUAGAUGAACUCCCAGACACAAUAAAUGCAAGGAAGUAGUUUUUCCAUGGUUCUUUCGUCUUCGAUUGUUUUGUCAAAUAAUUUUUGCGCAAACAAGAAAUCAAACCUCCACUCCAGGCCCGUCUUCCCGGCAGCCUCGGCGGCCGGAUCCGAAUAAGGCGGAUCUGGUCAUCACGACCGUGAAACAGCUCCUCGAUUUCGAAUCAAAGCACAGCGAGAAAUUCGUGCUGCUCCACGUCUUUCACGGCACCUCCCGGCUGGACAUAUCAAAUGCAAAAAUGUCUGGGUCUGGGAGAUUGCAAGAUUUGUCAUGCAUAUUUUGCAUGAUCCAUAAUGCCUGUAAUGCAUGGCCUAGCAUCACGGAUUUGCAGAGCGCUUCCUCAUGCCUAUUCCGCAUGACAAAUGCCAUCUCCGCGGAGCACAAAAUCUACUGCUCUCACUGGCCAUGCAAUACAAAUUUUUCUCGAAUCCAGAGACAGCAUCACAAGUUUAGAAUCUUCCAGACCCAGACGCUUUUGCAUUUCAUAGGACACGAAGGGCGGCGACUGGGUUUCGGAGCUGGAGGAUUCCGAUAUCAAAGUGAAAAAAGCCCCCCACCCCAUAUCGGAACCGGAAGAUGCGCGAAUUUGUGAUGCUGUGUUUGAGUAUACAAAUCAACUUGUAUUGCUAGAAGGCCAAGAGACGAAGCUGCGGCCUAAAUUGCAGGUAAUCUGUCAUGCUGUUUCCCACUUCCAGUUGCCUCCUGUCAUCCUGGAGCUGCAAGGCUUUCCCACGCUCGACAGCACUACAGUCCGCAUCUUUUGCCUUCUAGCAUCACAAAGCUGAUUUGUGACCACAAAUCUGCAUCACAGAUCACAUUCAGCGCCUGCGGAGGCUUGCCUCCAAAGCUAUGCUGGACAAUGGCAAUGUCGGUGCGGUUGUUUUAGCAUCACAGAUCUCCGUUUUGAUAUGGGGAGGGGGCAUUUUUCAUUGUAAUAUCCGAGUUUUUCCGGUUCGCCAACGUGCCCGUGUUUCAGGCGGACAGCGCGCUGCUGGAGCAUUUAGGAGUGACCACGCACCCCUGCCUGGUAUUGGUGCAUUCCGAUUUAAAACUGCGGUCGGACCCGUUCACGGUGUCGGAGACCGCAUUCCAGUACGAUUUAGUUGCGGAAACCGUCCGGUUCCAAGCGGUGCGGCAAACCGGCGCGCCCUACAAGCAGCUGGUGCAGUAUCUGCGGCUGAACGAGAAUCCGGACGAGCAGCUCCUGCAGCACCCGGACGGCAGCGGGUAUCAACUGCAAAUAUGUCUGGGUCUGGGAGAGUGUAAACUUGUCAUGCAGGUUUUCCAUGACCCAUGAGGUCUGGAAUGCGGGGCCUAGCGUGAUAGAGUCUGUGAGGUCUCUGUCAUGCCUCUCCUGCAUGAGAAACGCCCUUCCAACUUGGUCGAAAGUGGACAGCUUUUGGCACUGAUGCAACACACAUUUUUGCAUGAAUCGGAUUUUGCAUGACAAGUUGCAAUCUUGCAGACCCAGACAUUUUUGCAAGCCAUAGCGGAUGUCUGCGGGUCAUUUACCUGGCCCGCACGGAGGACGAGAAUUUCGAACUCUUCAUGCUGGCCCUGCGCCGGGACCAGAAGUACCCCUUCGCGUGCUUCUUUCACGUGUUGCCCCCCGACCUCGCGCGCGCCGAACUGCUGGAGGCCGAUAGAGAGCAGAACGAGAUACUAGAUGGACCACCCGGAACUAGUACUUCUGGUGAUUUGCGAAAUGGUAAAACCACGACUGGUUCUUUCGGAGCGGUGAAGCGGGCGGACGGUAUUGAGGAACUCUACCAGCAAAUCCAAAGUUCGCCGUAUGUGCUGAUCGAUCCGGUCACGGACGAGGGGAUCGAGGUCCCCGAUUUGCACAGUCUGCAGGAGGAGUUGGGGCGGCACGCGCACGAGAAGCAAUUUUUUCUCCGCGAGGCGAACAGCUUAACGAUCCCGAACGGGCGGUUUCUCGUUCUCUUUCUCCCCCGCUUGGAGAACGUCCAGGCCGCGAACGCAAAGGCGCGGGCGGCGAGGAACCUGUCCGCCUACCGCCACACCCAGGAGUUCUGCGAGCGCGUCGCCAAGGAGGGCAUGCUGGCCUGCUUCUGGAUGCGGGCGUCGGAGCCCUGGAACCAGUUUCUGGGGGAGCAAACCGCGAGGCAGCUAGGGUUGCUCGAUCUUGAUCCUGAUAGCACUUUUCACAACAGCGGAGCGGGAGCAGCAGUUGGUCAAGCAACAUCAACUAACGGAAUAAACAAGGGGCAGCAGCACCAGCAUCAGCAAGCAGAGCAAAUCUCGAAGGUCGCGAACAACAGCUGUCCACGGGUGGCGCUGUUUGACGGGCCGACCCGCCUGAUCGGGGUUUUUCUGGAUGAAGAGAGGGAAGUGUUGUCGCAGAAGAGCUGCUUCGAGGGCAGUGGGUUGGACGCGGCCACCCGGUACUGGUGGUUGCGGCACCGCGGCCGGAAGGCACAGCAACUUCAGGGGGUGGUCAGCACUCCAGCCUUCCCCUUGCCGAACUUUCUGCUCGAAAACCCGCCCCGGAAGGCGCCGGAGAAUUUCCAGGAGUACUUGGAGCGGUAUGUGUUCGAAGAUCUUGCUUUUGUUAUCCUGUGUAAAAACGUCCCCACCCCAUACUCAAGAUGGGAAAUCUGCUAGACAAAUCAACGAGCUUUGGCUGUUGCGCAUGACAAGCGCCGUGGCCUCGUAGUGUAAUCCUUUUUAGGUAGUCCAGUAGCAUCACAGAUCUAGCGCAUCAUGCUGAUUGGAGCAUGGCAAAUUCCAAAACACGACUCGAAAACGCUUCUCAUGGGGCUCCGCGUGAGAAAUAUUCUCAGCAUGCCGAUGUGCAUGACAAAUAUGGGCUGGGGACGUUUCUCCGCAGGAUAUUUGUGGCCGACCUGGUGAAGCAGGAAUUGAAGGCCAGAAUCGCCGAGGCGAAGCAGGUUUUAGGCCGCGACUUGCACUACCUGUUCGAAGUGUUUGUCGAGAACUACGAGAUUUGCAUGGCCACGUUUUUUAUGCAUUGCAAAAAUGUCUGGGUCUGGAUCUGGAAGAGUCGGGACUUGUCAUGCACAUUUUGCAUGACGAUGACCCGUGAGGUCUGUGAUGCUGUUGCUAGCAUCACAGAUUUUUUGAGAGCUUCUUGAUGCUAAUUACGCAUGAGAAAUGCCCUCUCCGCGUGCCAAGAGCUGACUCCUCUUGCUGCUCAUGCAACACAGAUAUUUUUAGAAUCCGCAGACAGCACUACAAGUCCCACUCUUCCAGACCCAGACACAUUUGCAAUGCAUAUUUUUCGUCCUGGUCUGCACCAUCUUGUUUUUCGCGAUCCAGAACUUCAUCAAGGGGCCCGCGGGCGGUCCGACCCCCACGAUGCGGCCGAACCAGUUUUUCUUUGCCGUGACCGUGCAGCGCGACAGCGUGCAGGACUGCCCGUGGGGCGUGCAGCUGAAGUCGGGUCCUCAGGGGAGCAGUAGCCGGACCCCACGGCUGUUCAUGGCGGAAAUUUACAGCGACAAGGCACUUUUUCGGUGGAACGAGGCGCAUGCCCGGUUGCAGCCGUUCCGACCGCAGAAGGAUGACGUGAUCCGCGUCGCGAACGGGGAAACGGACCCCGAAAGGAUCUUGCAGGUGUUCGGCCGGGAAAAAGUGAUCAAUCUGAUUCUGCACCGCCCCAACGUGUACAAUGUCGGCACCAACGCCGCAGUCGUGGUGGAUCGGGUCGAUUUCUUGCCCGAAAAAGUGCUAUUACAAUGAAAAAUGCCCCAGCUUGGCAGCAUUUGUAUUGCAAACCUUUCCAACAGAAACAUUCCCCGUCUUGCAUAUCUCAGCAUCACAAAUUUUCCAUGCUGAAGAGGUCAAAUUUGUGUUUCGAAGUAGCCCAACAGCAGCUGGAUCUGUUAUACACAAGGCGCCUUGAGCACCCAGAUUCUGUAUCAGGAACGCUCGCAAUCCUUUUAUGCAAGACAAAAAGCUUUCAUUUGGAAGCUUUGCAUGACAAACUUCUGAAAAUUCCGGGGUGGGGGCAUUUUUCAUCGUAAUAAGUGCUGCGCGAAGUGCUGAAGACGUGUACCCAGGAUUUGCAUGGGAGACAGCAGCUGGAGCAGCAAGUUGUGACGGUGGUGCCCGGGUGCGAGCGACUGGUGCUGCCGUCCAUGCGCGGCGGCUUGUUGGAACCGCAGGACCUGCUGACCCACGUGAAGCGGAUGCCGGAGCGGGCCGAUAUGCUGCAGGUGCACUACAUGCGCAUGCUCGACGUCUCGGCCAAGAAGCAGGUGGCGCUCCGGGUGCUGAUAUGCAUUGCAAAACUAUCGUACUAGUAUAAAUUGCAUUACAAAUUUUCCCAAGAACAAAAAUGCAAUUUGUCAUGCUAUUUCAGGUAGAAAGUUGGAUUUGUCAUGCAUAUCUGCAAUUAGUACGAGUGCGAUACUUUUUCACAGGAUAGCUGAAGCUGCAGCGCGAAACGACGCAGACCAGCUGGGGCAUGGACAUCAUGGGCACGACGCGGCAAAUAUGAAUUGCGAAUAUGUCUGGGUCUGGAAGAAUUGAAGUUUGUCAUGCUUGUCUGGGAUGACUCGAGAGUUUGUGUUGCAUACGCACGAAGCGGCAUUCUUACUUGUCAUGCAAAAACGCAGUUUGCGAUGCGGAAUACGUAACACAUGGCAGCCAAAAAAAUUGUCAUGCAUAGCAAGCUGCGUAUUGCAGUGCGUCUAUCAUUCCUUUUUAGCAUUACAAGUUUCCAGACCCAGACAUUUUUGCAAUCCAUAGCAAAGCCGCCGCGUGUCCAAGUUCGCGGCGAGCUUGGGGUUCCGGGUCGGCGACAAGAUCUGCCUCGUCACCACGAUGGUUCCGUCGGGAGUGCAGGACAAUUGUAGCUCAGCUGGACGAGGACUGCAAGAAGAACCAGAAGCCGGACAUCAAGCCAGUGGCAGUAAAGCUGCAAUAAGUUCGAAAACCUUUACGCGCACCUUUUCGGAUUGGCCCGACGUGCUGCGGUGCUUCAAGCACAGUUUGCAAAUCGAGGAAGUGGUAGUGCUGCGGUGGAUGUCGGGGGAGGAGGAGUUGGAUUUGGAAAGAAAUGAUCUUGCUGAAGAAAAACCACGAGGGACCAGCAACGUGCGCCGGGUGCAGCCGGAAGCCGCGGAAAAUUUUUUGCUCACGCAGUUUGGCGCACGGAAAGUUCAAGUUGUGGCGGGGGCCAAGGAGGAAAGUCGAACUAGUACUUCUACCAGUAGAAGCGUCGAGCAGGAACCUGCUUCAUCGUCGAGGGUUGUUGAUAGUACAUCAGCACCGAGUGGUGGGGCAGCUGGUGGCAACGGAGAACGAAGUUCGCAACAAGGUGUUGAAAUGGUCGCAACUACGAGUUCAACGCAGCAUAGUGAACAAGAAGGGCCAAGAACUGCUGAGCCAAUAGUACCUCCUCCAGGUAGCGAAGAACUUCCGAAAGUCGGUCCACCGCCGCCCGCAAGAAUCAUGGCGUCCAGCACCAAACCAGAGGAGGAAGCGCCAGCCGGCGGAAUAGUUUCAGAACCGCUUUGUUCCGAGCAAAAAGAGCCUUUCCACGCGGCGUCGCCCGCCGAUAGCACGAACAGCACGGCCUCCAGCAGUAUUCAUCCGGGCAUGAACAUAGCACCGGGAGGAGGAGGAGAAGCAUCAGCGGGCAGUUCAUUUAGAAGUACUCAAACCCCCGGGGCUAUUGAGGAGGUACAGCAAGCUGAGGAGAACUCCGCGUCAGCACCGAAAUUUCCGCCUCCUCGGGCCUUUUCUGGGGCUUUGCGAAGUUCAGAGGUGGUCGAGGAGAAGUUUUCAUCCUCAUCGAGUUUUUCACCACCUCCGACUGGUGCGUUUGGUACUAGCGUUAGUACUUCUACAGGAACUGCGUCCAUUGGCAGCACCCUCCAGAUGACAGGAUCUUCGAACAAGCAUGCAGCUCCAAGUUGUGCUGCAACUGCAUCUCGGGUCUUCUUGGAAGUCGCCUUACCACCCGGGUUUCUGUACGACGAAUUGGCGAAGAGCUCUGCUGCUUUUUUCGACGACGACACCGGGGAAGGAAGUUCUUCCACGUUGCCCCUGCGGAUUGUGGUGCAGGAGAGCAGCGCUGGGAAUAGUAGUAAAAUUUUUGGUGGUACUAGGACAGCAACCACUUCUGACGUAGGUAGAAGAGGACUACAUCAAGGACAACAACUUCUGCACGAGGGAGAUCUACUUGAAGACGGUGACGGUGUUGAAGGGCAGCCAGCCGUGCGGUACUCCUACAAUGGGCACACGGCGUCCUUCCCUUUGCCACCCGGCCCGCUGACCGCGGCCGAGAAAAAGCGGGUGUUCUGGCAAGAAAAGCGCCGCUUGCUAGCUGCGAUUGGCGGAGGGUUGAGAACCAUUUUCACCGACUUUUAGAAGCCGAAGUGCCGCAUAAGCAGUAUAUAGGAGUUUGAAAGUCAGAACAUUGGACCAGAAACCGCAUAUUUGAAACAAACGAAAAAACCGCUUACGUGGGAGGAUGGUGUUCUAAAUUCAUUACCAUUACAU